GGGCGAGUCACCAAGACGAAGGACGGGCACGAGGUGAGGUCCUGCAAGGUGGCCGACAAGACGGGCAGCAUCACCAUCUCCGUGUGGGACGAGAUCGGCGGCCUCAUCCAGCCGGGGGACAUCAUCCGCCUGACCAAAGGGUAUGCAUCUCUGUGGAAGGGAUGCCUGACACUUUACACGGGACGAGGAGGCGAGCUGCAUAAAAUUGGGGAGUUCUGCAUGGUAUACUCAGAAGUGCCAAACUUCAGUGAGCCCAACUCAGAACACAUCGGGCAGAACAAACUGGGACAGGGUGAACAGAAUAAUAGUUCUGCAUCAAGUAAUAUGGGUUCUUGUACUUUCGGGCCACUGGGAAAUGGUUUACAAACUGGACCUGAAUCAAGUGGAUUUCCAUUUACAUAUAAUCACGGCCACACUUAUGCAGGUAGUGGGAGAGGCAGUGGACGAGGACCUGUAAACCCAGCAGCAGCUAAUAGUGUUCAGCCUUUUCCCCCUGCUGUCAGCAAUGGGAGGGACCCACGCAGAGCCUUUAAAAGAUGACUAUGCCAAAUGUGGUUGUACAGCUUGCUUAAACUCUACACUCUACUUGAACACUUAUUGCACUUUUAUUUAUAGUUAACUGUGAAACAGUUUGUCCUUUAUUGUGUUUUUUUUUUACCUUUUGGUCUAUGGAGCAAA